AUGCAAUCUCUGUUUCUGAUUGUUCUUGUUCUUUUUAACGGUUUCAUAAGUGCGAGUUCGGUUAUUAAUCAGCCUACCUUGCAGAAUAAUAUCAAGGCAUUCAACUAUUCACAGCCACAGAAUCAACUUGGAGAUGUAGAUCUAAUUGGCCUGCCCGACCAACUAAAUUCAGUUGAAUUGAGGGAGUACACUAACUCUUUGUUGGAGAGUAUUGAUGCUAAGACUGAAGAGAUAGGCCAAAUAAUCAAACGGUUUAUUGAUAGUAUUAAUCAGCAAGAACUGAAGGCAAUAACAAGUAGUAAGCGACUGAUUAAUGAUCCGGAUAGAAUGCAGCAACGUGAGUCUUUGGUUUCACUACAGACUAAAUUAGAGCUCUUUAAAGAUAUGAAGAAAUUCUACCGGCACUCGCCAAACAGGUACAAUGAUACUAUUCUCGCCCACCCAGUACCUCAAACUGAAAGAAAACAGUACUGGGUGACUAUUUCCCAACAAUCAGCUAGUCAGCCUGAAAGCCCAAUGAUGGCUUUUAAGCACGCCAGAUCGAUUCGAAGUCUUUUACAGGCUGGUGUGCUAGAUCCGGCGACUUGCGACUUGAUUACGAAGUACGAGACUGAACUGACUAAGUUAUUAUCUGAGGCCGGACUAAAGCGCAAUGUAUCUGACUGGGUUGAUAAAAUAAUCGAGUCAGUUACUCAGCUAACAGCUAUGGGGGACUUUCAAACUCUUAAACCAUUCCUUGACUACUACAAACUAGACGCGGUGGAAGACCGGAUUAUUGCCCAAUGGCUCGAUCCCAUCACUAACCUUCAAGAGCUUACAAUUCUUGAGGCUAAUGAUGAUGCUAAAAAGGCACUUGAUGUACUUCUGACCUUCCAGAACUUACGCUGCUUACUGGCCAAUGAGUGCUUAGAGGAUCAAGAGGAGCAGCCUGGAUGGUCAUACGAGCUUGUUACUGAAAUAAUGCGCUGGUUCCAGGUUGACCUGAAUGAGUUUGCUUCUAAGUCCGUGGAAGAUCUUGCGACCUCUGUGUCCUUUACAAUCCGUAGCAUUUGUUCUGGUGGAAAUCAUGACUUUGAAACUCUCCUAGAAGGCUUGCCCAAAGACAAAGUAACGAAGUCAAAUACGACUGAUAAGCCUGAAUGCCAGCCAGUUAAAAGCCUGGUUGCUCCAACUAGUGCACUUCAGAAGAAGUUCUAUACUCCCUCUUAUCUUUUCAAAGAAGUACUGGCCGGUGCCACUAAAGAAAAAGCGGAUGUAGCCUGUACCUUCCACAAGCUCAUCACUUACAUCUCCUUCCAGAUUAUAGACUAUGUUGAGAAGAAGUUCUACGAAGUGAAUAAUCCACCACAAGAUAUUGUUUUACUUCGCUCUCUUAACAUCACCACAUACUAUGCCACCAAGUUACAGUAUCUAAUAGGCACAGUCAAAGCAGAUCUAGAAUACAAAGCACCAGAAACUCUAUUCAAAAUCAAUGUUCUAGGCCAAAAUCUGUUAAACCUCAUUUCCUACAUCCAGACUUCUCCCCACUCCUUCGAUCUCUACUUGGCCUUGAAGGCUGAGCAUGAAAAUGCCUUGAACUUGCUAGCUGCUAUUGGUAUUAGCAACCGCAUGGGACCGUAUCUCUUUUUGCUGAAUUCUGUUCGUGAUAGCAGUGAUCAGAUUAAAACUGUUAUUAAAAAUAGGGAAUCAGAUGCAGUAAGUCGGCUGAACAAUACAAUGACCGCUCUUCAAACCCAGUUGUACGUCUACAACUUGAUGACUAUUCCAUUCUUUGAAAUUCCUAAUGAUCCUACCGAUCAAGUGCGCUUCCGCAAAGAUGAAGGCAAUCACGAGAGGUUAUUGCUCCUUCCACGAACAUCUGAUGAUAUAAGCAAUGUUGUUGAGUACUUAAAAGCCCACCCGAUCCCCGGAUCAACCAUUCUACCAUCAUACAAUGACUUAAAACUUUCUGGUUCGCCCCCGCCAUACCAUGGCACUCCACCCCCAGCUUAUGAAAGCUCCAGACACCCUUCUUCCACGCCUACCCACCCAACCGACGAUGAACAACCACCCGCCUACCAUUAA